AUUACAAAUCUCAAAUCAUCUUUUACACACUGCCACUCCAUUCUCUCUUCUCUGUCCUAUAAAAUCCACUCUGCUUCAUCAUUCUUCCAUCCCAUCCUUUCUUUCUCUUCUUCAAUUCCUUCUCCUUUCCACAAGGAUUUUAGCAUGGCUACUGCUGAGGUUGUAACACCGGACACAGCUGUCCCAGAGGAAGCUACAGAGGUGGUGGAGGUGGAGGUACCAGCGCCCAAGGUUGAAGAAGAAGAAGCUCCGCCUCCGGUGGAAGCAGAUCCUCCAGCGGAGGAGGUGGCAAAAGAAGAAGACGUCACGGAUCCACCAGCGCUGGAAGAGACAGAAACACCGGUUGAAUUUGAAACCAAGGAAGUAGUUGUAGAAGAAGAGUCGAAGGAAGAGAAGAAUGAAGAAGAAGUAGUGGAAGAAGAAGAAAAGGAAGAGAAGAAAACAGAAGAAGCAGCUGAGGGUGCGGUUUUGGAGGAGACAAAGGCAUCGGAGGCCGAGACACCGGUGGAGGAGGAGGAGGAGGAGAAGGCCGUGGAAGUGGUGGAAGAGAAGCCUGUAGAAGAAACAGAAGAGAAGCCAGAAGAAGAGGUUGAAGCAGAAAAGGCUGAGUAAUUAAAACAGGAUUACAUAUUAUUGAGUGAUGAAAAAAGUGAAUGGAGGGUAGUUUGAGAAAUUUGGUGUCUUUAAAUUGUAGAGAGUUUGAUUUUGUGUAAUGUGAAAAGUGGUUGAUUGAAUGGGGAUUGGGAUGGAAGUGUAAUAAAGCUAUAAAAGGAGUAUAGGGAUUAGGGAACUUUGUAUUUCUGUAUCUUGGAUGUCUGUUUCACAGUUGCAAUUUGUUUUUGCUAGUUUGUUUGUUAUAACAACUUACAAGUUAUAAUA